AUGCAUCGCUAUUUCAGGGUCAAGCAUCUCGAAAAAAGCUCUAGACGACGAGAAUUGUCAAUGCUUUGGCAGCUUCGAACACAACACUCUUAUGUUGAGGACAAAACGUUUCCCUACGGCAUCAUUUUAGCACAACCAGUACCAGCACCUCCAGACCUGAACAGUGUUGGUUGUGAAAUAACUAUGACAGUUGUGUUCGUAUCUGCAGCUCUCAGAUACAUCCGCAAACGCGUUCAUGAAUCGAGUUUUUUUGAUUGGCUCAACGACGAGGUUCAAGGCACUGAGCAGUCAUCUUGGAGCCAUGUCAGAUUGUUUGUUCGUUAUCAGUACAGUCCAGAAGCUGCAAAGCAAAGAAUCGAAAAAAUUGUAGCACGUGCUAAAAUUGAACAAAUAAAAUUGGGUCUAGGCUGUAAACCCUAUGUUGAUCGCCAUCGGGACGGCACAGAUACUGUUGGUCAACUUCGAUCACUACUACCAGAUUUUGAGGUGCACGUGCAAAUACUCCUGGAUCAUGGUUUAUGCAUCUUUCGACGUUUAUCCGCUUCAUAUAGACCCGUAUAUCAAGGAAGGAAAACUGUUGGCUUGCCCGAUAGCGCCCAAUUGAUGACCUUUUGUCCUCUGCCUGUAACUGAGGAGCAGACUCAAGCCACAUGUCAACUCAAAUGGGCUGAUUCGGACGGGAACUGCUAUAUUCCGCCUACAGAGAACGAUAAGACAGUUUACACACCUCUAAGUACAGCUACUAGCGAUUCUGAUAAUUUCAAUGCCGGCAUUAAUUGGCCCGAUAAGCUUACCGACACAUUAAAUAAGACUACCACGACAGCAUCAGGACUUAAUACUCAGGAAAGUGAGCAGAUGAGAAUACCUAGCAGUGUUCAACACUAUGAUCAUCAAUCACAUGGUUCGCUUGGUGGCAAUAGUAAUAAUGGAAACAACCUUAGAAGUGAGCCGCAAAUGAAAAAUCAAGAAUUAUUAAGACGACCUUAUACUUCUUCGGAAUUGGGCCGUUACAGUCGCCAUUCCGAUGCAUCAUCAUUGUCACAAACGUUUUCAUACGAGCCCAUGAAUCCUGUCCCUGCAACCUUCCCAAGAGAUGAGGCUUCAGAGGCCAGAGAUCAGACGAAUCUCACGUUUCAGUAUCCAGAUUCUAAUAAUCUGAAUGGAGAGACAUCUCAUUCUUCGACGCCGGCGAGUCCUGCUCUCGGAUCACUGUCAUGUGAGAGCGACACCUAUUAA